GAUAUUGGUCUACUUGCUUUUAAAGCUUAUACUUGCUGCUUGCUACUAUAUUGCAAAAAAAUAUUAGAGUUGAGAGAGAGAGAGAACUUGUGUGUGUGUGUUUUUUUCUUCUGAGAAAAAUAUUCAUCUGUUUUCUUCUCACCCUUUUUUAUCAUUAGACAUAGUAUACAUAUUUUUAUUUUAUUUGUGAUGAAAAGGGAUACAUAAAAGAAUUGAUUUUGAUGGGUUUGUGUAAUGUUUUCUAGAUAGAGAGAUUUAGAGAAACAAAAAAAGAAGGGUUUAUCAUAAAAAUAUUAUCAUUUAUGGGUAAGAAGCCACAAAAAACAAAGGAAGUUUGGGCAGCAAUAGCUGAAGCAUCAUCAAAAAUAGAUGAACAAGAAUCUCAACCUCAAUCUCAAACUACAACUACUAGAAAAAGAGGUAGACCUCGUAAGAUUGUUGUGAAGAUGGAAAGUUCAGAAGAAAAAGCAGCUAUAAUGAUAGAGAAAAAACAAGAAGGUUCUACAAGGGAAAGUUCAAUGGAAAAAGAAAGUAUGAACAAAGAAGAAGGAACAAUUGCAAGAGCAUCAUCAGAAGAAGCAUGCAUGGUUAGAAAACAAGAGAUUCAUGAUGAUGAACAACUUCCAAAAGUUGUGUCUUGUAGAAGCAGCAGAUCAGCUAGGCGUAAAAGCAGCAAACCCACAAAGAGUAGUGCUCAAUAAUUCUAUAUUUUAUUUAAUCAUUAUUAUUAUUAUUAUUAUUAUUAUUAUUAAUUAUCACUGCUUAAAAUCAUUAAUGCUUCUUUUCCAUGAAGAAAUUAUUAUUAGCAACUCCUUAUAUUAUUUGUCAAUGUUUUAGGGGGAUUUAUAUUUAAAUUGUUAUUAUUAUUAACUAGUUUCACUCUUUUCUCUUUAAGUUA